AUGUCUGUAAAGUUACGAAUUAAUCAUGCCGGAGGACCCUAUGACAAUGGGCGAAGUCCAGCUCAGCUAAUCGGUGAGAGAUUCUUAGAUCUCCACCAUGAAGAUGUUUCACAAAAAGGAAUCGCACAAGAGCUUAGUACAAGUCGCCAUUUCGUUCAAAACGGUAUGCGUGACUGCGAUGCCACAAACACCUCUUGUCAGCCAGCGAAAAGUCACAGAGGGCAUUCCGUUCUAACGCCAAGUACCAUUGAGUGUAUCGAGAGCGAAAAACUCUGCGAACCAAGUGUUUAUUGUGCAGAAUUGCAGAACAGGCUAGUGUUGGAUGGUGUUGUCCACCCUGACGAUCUACCGCACGCAAGCACCAUCCGUUACUUUUUGAGAAAGGAACUUUUGAUGACGAAAAAUAAAAUUCAUUCUUUAUCAUUCGAUUCCAAAAUCCAGGCUUUAGAGGAAUACACUAGUUUCUACCUUGACCAGGCCAACUUUACCGUAAACCUCAUGCAUUCUUGUCUUGGAGUAGAUUACGUAAGUGUCAUUGAGGGUGCGUCAAACGGUAACAAGCUUUUACUUUUCUUCGAGGAAGCUGUUGGCAUCACAAGACGGGAUGGAUCUGUCAUUUUUGAGAGGGGUGACACAGUGAUCAUGGACAACUGUCCUUUUCAUCAUGCAAAAGUUGUCGGAUGUUUCACGUAA